AUGUCCCACGAACAUCCUUAUGGUAAAGCUUUAAAUGUCUUAAGUUUUUCUAAAGACAACAAAGUUCUUAUCGAUGAAGACGCUAUGAAGAAGAUGUUUGAACAUCCGGAUGUUAAAAAUCGUAAGAUUGUUUCAUUUUCAAUUAUUGGAGCGUACAGAAAGGGAAAGAGUUUUUUCUUGGAUUAUUGCUUAAGGUUCCUUUAUGCUCAUUAUCCAUCUAUAAAUUUCCCAAACAAUCCAACAUCUGACAAAGAAAACUGGAUGGGAGCUGAAAAUGAACCUCUUAGUGGAUUUUCAUGGCGUUCUGGGUCAAUACGUGAUACAACAGGAAUCAUUAUGUGGAGUGAUAUUUUCCUCCAUACGAGUACAGUGAAUGGAGAUAAAAUUGCAAUUAUUGUCAUGGACACUCAAGGACUUUUCGACAAUCAAACGUCACCAGUCGGAAACUCAAGAAUUUUUGCUCUUGGAACAUUAAGUUCAUCUAUCGAAGUUUUGAAUCUGUUUAGUGUUGUCCAAGAGGAUCAACUUCAAUAUUUACAAUUUGCUACAGAAUUCGCAAAAUUUGCUGCCAAUGAUAGUCAUGGAAAUGCCGGAAAGUCUUUUCAAAAGUUGGUUUUUCUAAUUAGAGAUUGGGUAAAUCCGGAUGAGCAUCCAUUUGGUUUUGAAGGAGGUGCAACUUAUCUUCAACAUUUCUUGAAAAUACAGAACGAACAAAAACCAGAACUUCAAUCUGUUCGAAAAUUUAUUCAAAGCUCUUUUGAAGAAAUCGACUGUGCAUUGCUUCCUCAUCCAGGCAACAUAGUAACAGGAGGCUCAAGAAAGAGGAUAAAAUACAAUGGAAGUUGGGGUGGAAUGAGUGAAGAUUUUAAAGAUGAGCUUUUUGCUGUAAUUGAAACUCUUCUGAAACCCGAUGAUUUAAUUAUUAAGAAAAUCAACGAUAAAGAUCUUGAAGGUUUCGAGUAUUUAGAAUUUAUGCUGCAAUAUUUUCAAAUAUUCCAAUCUGAUGAUAUUCCCCAAGCUCAGUCGAUUUAUGAAUCAACAGUCGAAAAACAAAUUAAUAUGCUGGUUGAGUCGUGUGUCGAAAACUACAAAGAAACGAUUUAUAAAAACACAGAUUUAAUUACAAAUGUAACGCAAAUACCCAUUUUUCAUAAUAUGAGUAAAAAUCAAGCAAUGCUCAUGUACAAUGAAUCGAAAAAGAUGGGAAAUAUUUCUCAUGAAAUUAAAUUUUCAAGAAUCCUUUCAGAAAAGAUCGACAAAAUAUUUCAAGAAUGGUCAGAUCGCUCAGAAAAAAAUAUGAAAAAAAUUGAAGAAGAAACUGAAAGAACGCGUUUAGCACUGGAAGAAAAGCAAAAGGCCGAAAUUCAACAGAUUGAAAGUGAGAAGAGAGCAGCAGAAGAACUUAAUAAAUUGAAUCUUCUUAAUGCUGAAGCUAAGAAUGAAAACUAUUUGAAGGAUAAGGAAAUUGCAGAAGUAAUGUUAAAAGCUGAGAAAGAACGAGUUGCAAUGAUUGAAGCUGCCAAAGAAAAAGAAACAGAAUUUCGGAAACAACUUCAGGCUAUGCUAGAAGAAGAGAAGCGAAAUCCAAGAGUAGUUAAUUAUAAUACUGGCCCUUGCACAAUUUUAUAACUUACUAUAACAUCUCAAGGUGUAACUCGGAUCGUAACAAAACUUGGACUCCCCC